AUGUCUCGCAUUCUCCCUUAUUCUCUCCGAAUCUUUUUGCUCAUCGCGUUGGAAUCCAGGAGUCAGACUUUGGCCCAUCCCAUCCCAUUGUUUAAAGCUAGUUGUGUUGAGUUGUACAAGGCUGGCACUACAUCCAGCGGUGUCUAUUCGAUUGAUCCUGAUGGUUUAGGUGCCUUUGAUGUGUACUGUGAUCAGAGCACAGCUGGAGGAGGAUGGACGGUGAUCCAGAGGAGACUGCACGGCUCUGUGGAUUUUAAUCGUAGCUGGUGCGACUACAAGCAUGGCUUUGGUAGCAUGAGGGUUGAAUCGGAAUUGAAAAAUUACUCCUUGACCAUUGGAGAAAUGUCCACAGGUGAUGCCAAUAAUUCUUUUGAUAGCAAUCGCCACGCUGAAUUUUCAACAACAGAUAAAGACAACAGAAAUUGUACUAAGACAUUUGGCGCUUGGUGGUUUCCUAAAAAUUCAAGUACCUGUGGUAACUCAAACCUCAAUGGUAAUUACCACGAUGACCAAAUGAAUGAUAUAAGAUGGGAUAGCUGGGGUGAAGUCCCUAAAGCAUCAAUCACCAAAGCUGAAAUGAAGAUCAAGCCGCAUUGUCCAGGAAAAUGA